GAGAGAGAGAGGGAGGGAGUCUGGGUGAGGUGUUUGAGUCUCUCACACUCAGUGCUUUAAUAUAUUAGACAUAUACACUGAAAAAUAAUCAGCACAAAUAACAGACCAGAUGAAUUUAGAGUUUUUCUCCAGGUGAUUAACUGGAUUACAUACGUUGUCUCUGUGUGUGUUAAUGUGGCUAGUUUUGGAUCAUGGCAUCCACUGGUGUCACUAGUCACCUGCCUCCAGUCAAGAGUGUAAAGGUCUACAGAAAUGGAGACCCCUUCUUUUCAGGAAGGAGAUUUGUGGUAAACCAGAGGCAAAUCUCCACCAUGGAUGCGUUUCUUAAUGACAUCACUCUCAGUAUCGGAGCUCCGUUAGCAGUUCGAACUCUCUAUACGCCGCGCUAUGGUCAUCGGGUCGCAGACCUUAGUGACCUACAGCAAGGGGCACAGUAUGUGGCUGCAGGGUUUGAGCGCUUUAAGAAACUAGAUUAUCUGUCUGCAGGACUGAAGAAAGGUCCACUGUGCAGAGUUGUGGAACCAGCCCAGGUUAAAAUGCUUGUCAGGCCUAAUGUGUCUGCAAAAUGGAGGAAGGCCAUCACUCUGCCCUUCAUCAUACAUGUAUUUCGGAAUGGAGACAUCCUCAGUCCUGCCAUGCGUCUGAUCAUUCCCCGCCACAUGCAGAAAAAUCUAGAGCAGAUUCUGAGCCUCAUUUCUGAAAAAGCCAUGCUUCGCACAGGAGCCGUGCGCAGGUUGUUUUCAUUUCCACAAUCAAUUCACCUUUCACCUCUCAGGCUUUGCACUCUGGAGGGUUUCACAGUGACCUCCACAGAGGAGCUGGAGAGCAGGCAAAGCUAUGUAGCUGUGGGAACAGAGAGGUUCAAGAAGCUUCCAUAUGUAGAGAUACUGCUGAAUAAAGCAACAGGCAACAGCGCGGACAGACAUUAUGCAGGAGACAGAGGAUUACAGAGAAGAAUCGAGAGUAGAAAGAUGUUUCCUCAGGAAAGCCACAGUGACUCCACCCUGAUGAAUCCACCUGAGAGGGAAGGCAGGCGUGUGAAGUCCACAGGAGAUGAGGUGGAGCGAGAGAGCUCCCCUCAGCCGGUUAAGAGGAGAGGAGAAAGAGAAGAGAACUCUGUUUUCUACGCCAGACCUGUGAGAGUCCGCAGACACCCUCCCACAAACAGACCCCCUCCUAGAGCCGCAAUAGAUGAGCCCAGUGUGUUUAAGGCCUCUGAGAGCAGGAUGAGAGAGGAGGUUCGAGGUGCUGAGGAGGUCGCAGAGGAUGAAAACACAGCUGUAGAGCGUCACAUUGACCAGAGAGAAGCAGAAGUUGUAGAGGAUGAGGAGCUUCUUGAAAGAGAUCCGUUUGAUACAGCCAAUAUAAAUCACAGGGAUUCAGCUGAACUACACAGGCCAUCAUCUGAUCUCUCCAGUGAGAAUGGAGAGAAAGAGUUCAUAGUGUCUGAGAGGGAGACAUGGGACGACACGUCAGCUCCACAGAGAGAAGCACAGCAGGGAUACACGUCCAGCAAAGAGUCUCAGCAUGAUAUAAACAAACAUGAUGCUGAGUCAUCCACACAGCAUUCCAGAUCUUCUUCAUCAUCUUCAUCACCCAAAGUCUCUGAACAUUCCCCACGAAGUGAAGUAACACAGCAAGAACCUACUGGGGGUUCCCAUGAGGAACAGACAGACAAGGAUGCUGAGCGACCUCUCCAUCCUGAAGAUGAUGCAGGAGACAGAGACACACCUUUACAAUCCACACACAUUCUCUGAACAUAGAGUUCACUAUGAAAUUGGUAUCGUUUUGGUCAAUGAAUAGCAUUUAAAAUAAUGUACCCUUGAAAAGUAACAGUGAUCUUACAGCAUGCAGAGAUUCACUGAGAAGUGUUUUUAUUUUUUUAUUUCUUCUGUUUAACAAAAUAAGACCUCUGAAUGUAAAAGACAUUUAAAAUAAAUGUAUUUAAA